CGCCUCUAUCUGCCCUCGUGUUGUGUCUUUCCUUCUGCGAAUAAAUUGUUUUCGUUUUGGAUAUUACCUGUUGAUAUUUUCCAACACUUUACAAGUUGAUGAACUAUUGAGCAAUGAAUAAUCCAAGUUCGUCAACCACAAGCGGUCCUUGUCUGGAGGAUCGUUAUCAUUUCCGUCACUCAUUUUUAAUUCCUGCUGCUGCAAUAUUGACAAUAUUAGCAUCUUUGAAUCGUCGUAAGAGCUUUAAAACUGAAAUGUUUAAAGGUCGUCCUGGUGUUAUGAUUCCGAUAGAUUUUUGGGACAGAAAUCGUAACACAAUUGUAACUUUAUUUGGAGCGAUGACUGGUUUUAUUUUGUUUCUUGUUGAGAAAAAAUUUCCUUUUCCCAGGAACGAUUGGUGGUUUAAACCAUUAUUCAACAUUGCAAUAUGCAUUGAGAUUGCCUUUCUCUUUUAUCCAAUCUUUGCAUGCUUGGCUUCACAUUAUCGUAUUAUUGGAUCAUUGUUAGGCUUUAGUUACAGUCUGUCGUUCUUCUUGCUAGAAAUUAUUAAAGAUAUUGAAUUUUAUCAGAAGUGCGCGAACAAUGAUUCUCUUCUUCUUAUUGUCGGAGACAUCCCAGUAAUUCUUUGUCAACUCUUUAUUAAUGGCAAAUUUUUGAUCGUGUUGUUUAAAGAGAGAAAGAAUUUUGGUCAACUACUCUAUGAUGAGACCAAGGAUAAUUCUAUCAAUGUAAAACUUUCAUUACCAUGGUUCAAUGAUUAUGUCAAAAAUAUUUUUUAUCCAAGACAAACACCAGACCACUCCAAAGUUUUAUCAUAUUUAAGGAAGAUCUAUAAUCCUCAUAAAUGUAGGAAUGAUUUUACUCAAGUCAAGAAAAAUAAUUAA